UAAAUACAAAAGACGUUGAGAAUUUUGUUUUCAAUAUAAGAGAAGUAAAUUUACUGUUGAAGUUAAUGAUAUUAUUCACUCAACACAGAAUAAAUAACAGGAUUAAUUAUCAAAAAUAAGGAGUCUUUAUUAUACUAAUUGUUAGCUAUUAUAAAUAUUGUAUGAUUGUUAAUAUGCAUAAUGACUUAAUACGUAUAGCGUAAACACAAACAAAUAUUCAUAGAUUAUUUAUCAACUUUAUAAGAAGGGAUGUUUAAAUUAGAUGAAUUAUGUGAAAUAAAUGAACCUAUUGUACUUAAAAAUGUAUUGUGUAAUGCACAAGAAUUUAGUAAUUGGAAAUUACUUAAUUGGAGCUUAGAAGAUCUUGCUAAUAAAUCUGGAGAUCUUAAAUUACCAUUCAGAGUUGGAAAAAAUAUCAAAACAAUUAAUCCACAAUGGGAAGUUGAAACACCAAUUGAAUAUAAGACUAUAAAAGAAUUUUUAAAAGAUGUAACAGAACCUAAUGAUUUAUCUAAAUGGUAUUAUUUUGAUUAUAAACAUAUAAAUCAAUGGUUUCAAGAAAAGCCUGAGAUUUUGAAAUCCUUUGAUUGGCAACAGUUUAAAUUAGAAUUAGAUGGAACAGAUUCAACAAUAUGGAUUGGUAGUAAAGGUGCACAUACUAAUUGCCAUCGAGAUACUUAUGGAUGUAAUUUGAUUGCUCAAAUACAUGGAAGAAAAUUAUGGCUGUUAUUCUCCCCUGAAUGUAGUAACUCUAUGCAGCCUACUCGCAUUCCAUAUGAAGAAUCAACGAUUUACAGUAAAUAUAAUUUUUUUACUCCAAAUGAAUUAGUAAUUGAAGCAAUUAGCAACUUAUCUGGUAGUGUAAAAAUGAUAAUAUUAGAACCAAAAGAUGUAUUGUUUGUUCCAAAAGGAUGGUGGCAUUAUGUUGAAUCUUUAGACACUAGUUUGAGUGUCAAUGUAUGGCUACCUGUAAAAGAAGAUUGCAUUACUAGAUUACAAGAAACUCUUGUGCAUCUAGUGAUGAAUACAAUGGGUAAUAGCAUUCCCAAGACAAUUAAUCAAUUAGAAUCGAAUUUUUCAGAAUCUAUACAAUUUGUAAAAACAUCUCUUAAGGAAUGUCAAGAAUUGAAAAAAUGUACUCUAGAAUCCUUACAAAAACGACAAAAAUUAAACUUAAUAACUACAGAUUUUUUAGACUAUUUAAAAAUAAAAUAUGCUAAUUACAUCAAAAUACUUCCUGAUUUAACUUCUGAAAAUAUAAAUGACUUCAUUACAAAGAACAAUAUCACAAAGAUAGAUGAUAUUAAUUUAAAAGAUAAUAUUGUUGAAACUAAUGAUUUCUCAAAUUCUUUCAUUUCUGAAGCAGUCAUUGAUGCCUUCUGUCAUCCUUCAGUUAUAUUAAAAAUAUCACAAAUUUUAGUAAAAAAAUUGGAAAACAAUCUUUAAU